GAAACCAUUACAAUCGAACGCCGAAUAUUUGGAUAAUGCUUGAGGUUGCUAAAUAGAAACAUUACUAGAAAUAUUUGCUUGUAGCAGCUAGAGUAGGUCCGGUGACUGGAGAACCCUCCAUUCUGAAGCUUGACAUUCCACGAGGAUGAUCAAAGGUGACACCGGAGCGGGAAAUCGGAACCAGACCUGAUCAGAUACUGACUGGACAGCAAGCUGCACCAAGCUCUCGUUGCUUUUGAGUUUGAGAAAGAGUCCUAGAAGUCAUUGCUAGAAGAUCGGAGGUCAGCUGGACAGGUUAAGACAGAAAGAAAGGUAGCGAGGACUGGAUUGUUGUGUGCACGCCCUGUCGAUGGUAGCUUUCACGCAGAUGAUCGCACUUAUUGAAUUUGAGAAGAACCUAUCUCAUCAUAUCUAUCAACUAGUUCCGGUCAACGCCCACCGACUAAGCUGCAUCAACCCACAACUCGAGUAAGGCUUCAACCUAAUGGCAGAAGUCGGCAGCACAUUUACAGCGGUUGAGGUCGUAGAUCGAGGGAUCGGCACGGAUGAAGCCGCAACAACAGUGGAGAAGAAGACAACGAGGGGACAAUGCUGCAUCUCACCACCUUCGUGUGAUUACCAAGCGCUUGGCCACGAUGAGACUUGGAACUCUCUACCUGUUUACAUCGCUGGCCCAAGCCUGUCGCCAGCUCCGUCAUCGGCAGUUCUCAUCAUCUCCGACAUCUAUGGUUGGCGCGUCCCGCAAACUAGGCAGUUAGCAGACAAGAUUGCCGCUGCAGGACAUUUUGUGGUGGUGCCCGAUUUCAUGGAAGGUGAGCCCUACGCAUCUACGGAUCCUAAUCAAGAGUAUGGUGGGCUUCACGAGUAUCUUGAGCGUCAUUCCAAGCGUAAAGCAAUAAACCAUGCCAAGGAAGUGCUGGAGAAGAUCCACACCAUGGGCUUCCAUGUAAUUGGUGCCGCAGGGUUCUGCUGGGGAGCCAAGAUUUUAGUGAACUUGCUGAAGGGCGACACCGCUGUUGGUGCUGGUAUAAUGUGCCACCCAUCGUUUCUUACCACGGACGACAUCAAAGAGGUGAAGGUGCCCCUGGCGAUCUUGGGAGCAGAAAUUGACAUUAUCACACCCCCCAAGAUGGUUCUGGAAUUUGAGUCUAUUCUUAAAGCUUCUCCAGAUGUUGGACACCAAAGUUACUGCAAUAUAUACCCAGAUGCUGACCAUGGCUGGACUACCCGUUACGAACCCAACAAUUUAGAGGCUCGCAACCGAGCAGAAACUGCGCACGGAGAGAUUAUAUCGUGGUUCCAAACCCAUCUUCACCGCAGCACUUCUGCUGACAGCCAAUCUGAAAACACUUAAUCACUGCAGUUUGAACACACACAAAUAUAUUUAUAUAAAUAUAUAUAUAUAUAUAUAUAUGUAGAUUGUUUCGUAGUGUCUUGACGUUGUAUCACAUUUAAUAGCACCUUAAAUUUAUAUACCUUGCCUACUUUGAGGUCAAUACACGCAAUGCUUUCGGCCAGAAAACUGUGCAAUACUCGUACACAUAUAUAUAUAUAUAUAUAUAUAUAUUGACUGAUAUAUUUACCAUACUCGUGAAGGAAUAACUAGCUUCGUGAGCUUGAAAGACAGAAAGCUAAUCUUUCAUGGUGGACCCAGUUACACAAGUUUCACAGCCUGUUAGCCAAGGUUCAUUUUGGUUCCAUCGAAGAGUGAAAGCGUCGACUUUUACCAUCGGAGUGAACCGAAGGUCCGUUCCUCUCAAAGAAUGUUUAUGUUUGCAGACCUGGGAUCUGAACAGAUUUUGGUUUAGAUCGGUAAUGCACCAGCCAGGGUGAUGGGUUUUCCCCUGGUGCAGGUGGACUCUGAUGCAGUUAACAACAGAUAUGAAUGGUGCGACAUUCGCAAUCCUUGCAGUAAUAAAACACGCAGAAAUACAGCUUUCCUUUCA